UUUUUGAACCAAAAUCGGCUCCAGUCUUUCCUUCGUUGAAAAAAGUUGCCGAGUAAUCAAAUCAAAGUUUUUGAUAAGUUUCAUAAAAAUUGUGAAUUUUCAAGUGUGAUAAAGCUUUUGAAUUAUGUCGUCGUCAGCUUUGGUGCCCCAAGUUCCCAGUGGAGGAUUCAACUUUUCCAAUUAUCAAAGAAAUGUGUCCCUUUGUGCAAGUGGAUUUCCUGCCCCAAAAACAACCAAGACGGGGACAACGAUUGUCGGAUGUAUUUUUGGAAGUAGAGAAGACAUUGGUGUUUGUCUCGGCGCAGAUACGAGAGCCACUUCGGGCAACAUAGUGGCGGACAAGAAUUGUGAAAAGAUUCACAGAAUUGCGGAGCGAAUUUACUGUUGUGGCGCUGGUACGGCUGCAGACACAGAGUUUACCACCAAAAAGAUCGAGUCGCAGUUGGAGCUUUUGAAAUUGAACUUGGGUCGGGAAGUGCCAGUUGUCGUGGCUAAUCGGUUAAUUAAGCAGUUGCUGUUCCGUCAUCAGGGACACAUUUCUGCGGCUUUAGUUCUUGGAGGAGUUGACAACAAUGGGGCUCACAUUUAUUGCAUCUACCCCCAUGGUUCGACCGAUCGACUCCCGUAUGCCACGAUGGGUUCUGGAUCCUUGGCUGCCAUGUCCGUCUUCGAAGGUGGAUGGAAAGACAAUAUGACGGAAGCGGAGGCUACUAAAUUAGUCCGUGAUGCUAUCGCUGCUGGUAUCACGAACGAUUUAGGAUCUGGUUCCAAUGUGGAUAUCAACAUCAUUAGGAAGAACCUGCCGAAACCAGUGAUUAUGCGAAAUAUGGAGAUAAUUGGAGUCAAGGGAGAACGAAUGGGGGAUUACACUUACCCCAAGGGAACCACAAAAGUUUUGAAGACGGAAGUUAUUCCUAUCAAAGUUGAGGAUGAAGUUGUUGAGAGGAUGGACACGGACCAAGAUUAGGUUUAGAUAAUCAAUUAAAAUAAUGUCUUUUUAUUCCAUUUCUAUACAAUGUUAGUUAACUACUAAAUGUAAUCAGUCCAAAUUCUCGUAAUGUACUCAAAAUUCAAAUAUCUAAUAUUCGAUUGGAAAUAUUAUAACAUUUUAAAACCGAUUAAAUAGGCUACAUCAUGAAACUUUGAUGAGAAACUAA